AUGGUGUUUGAUAAGGAACGUGAUAUUCUUGAGCAUACAGUGAUACUCAAUUGGGUAAAACUGUGGCUUAAGUGGUGUCACUGGUACUAUACGGUUGCAUUGUCUGAGGAGGUAUCCAUCGAUGAGAUGAUGGAUGUUCCUAUGUGUAGCACGACCUGGAAAAGAUCGAACAAAGAUUUUGAUUUAAUCAAGUUUGGUCUGAUCUGGAAGUGUUAUGAUAUGGGAGUCGGUUGGGAUUUAUCGACUACACCAAGGUGGUUGCUAGAUCCUAAUACCGUUAUCCAAUUCGAUAGGUGGAUAUAUGGUGGUAUUUCAGGAGGUGAUUUCAUGAUGGCACCGGUAGACUUACCAUCGCCGGUGAAAGGGCGCAGGUCAUAA